AUGUCCCCUGCACUCCGCAUAGUCGAUCAUGGAUUAAAUGUGGUCUGUGAGCUCAGAAGAGUUGGAAAGGUGGCUGCUGCAGCCAUAUGGGAGCUGCAGAGAGAGCUGCAAGUAGAUCACGGCAAGAUUGAGCAAGAUCAGGUGUGUGAGAUUUUCGACCCAAGCUCUUACUCUAAGCUGUCGAGCCUUAACCUCCAGGGUAGCUCCAUUCGGGGAAUUUGGUUUUGGGGGGGGGGGGGGGUUGUCAUCUGGAUGGGACGAGUGAUCAGUGCAUGA